AUGGCAGAAGAUGCAGAUACAAUCGUUGAUGUACACUAUAAUGGGGUGUUCAUACCUACCCCAUUGAUGUAUUUUAAUGGAGUAAAAGCCUCUAGAUGUGUAUUUUGUCCACAUGAAGUGAGGUUGUCGGAGGGAUUACAUGCUAUUCAGAAUGACUGUGAUUUUAACGAGUUUCUUGAAGAUAUCAAUGAAAAGAAGAGAUUGAAUGUGUAUGUGGAUCAUUAUCAUGAACCUUUGUUUGAUUGGAUUCAAGAGGAAGAAGCAGACCUUGAAGAUGAAGAUUUGGUUUCUAUUGAUGAUGUUGACUCCAUUUUAGAAGAUGGUCUGAAAGCUAAACAUGUAGAGGACGAUGAAGUUAUAUCUCUCAAAAGAAACUUCAAUGAUCAAUUCCUCAAACAAACUUUGUCCAAUACAGAAUGA